GGGUCUAUUUUUGAAAAGCACCAACACAGGAGGAUGUGGUCUCUGUAUUGUUUCCCUUCGUUGGCGUUUCUCAGUUGUGGUACAUCUGGGAUGAUCUAGGACACAGAUUACAGUGCUCACUGAAGACGAUGCAGACGCUGGAUCAGAGCUCGUGCACCGAGGAUCGAAUCCAGCAUGUCCUCGAGCGCUGCCUCAGUCACCUGGGUGUCGACACUCCUGACACACAGCUCUGGAAAGCCGGACUGUGCAUCAAUCGCUGGUCUUUGGAGGAACUUGUCAAGAGAGAUCCCCACAACUUCCUCAUCCUUCUACAGCAAAUACUGAGGAAAACAAAGGAGGUGCUGGAGCAGUGUCAGUAUGAGCUGGUGGUGCCGCUCUCGCUCUUGUUCUCUUCCACCCUCCUGAGAGCUCCUUACUUGCCAGCAAACAGUGGCGUGCUGCAGGACGCCAACCUGUUGUUCCAUGGUUUCCUGUCCUGGCCCGAGCCCUGCAGUUCUGCUGCUAAACGUCUGCUUAAUGUCAUCCAGCAGGAGCUCCGAGCACCAGGUCUUUCAUUUCAAAGACUGGUAAGGACGGAGCAGGGUAUUUCCCAUGAGAUUCACGGCUCUAAAACCAUCACGGUACUGCUGGUGAGUCCAGAUGACGAUGUUCCUACAGAGGUGCAGUCAGUCUCCGAGCAGCUGAGUGCCUCCCAGCAUUGCAGCAGAGACGUCACCAUCACUCUGAUCCUGCACAGCUUUCAGGCAGCUCUGGGCACCAAACAUGACCUACAGGAGCUCCACAAAGCCCUGCAGAGUAAGCAGCCUGAGGAGCUGGACCAGAUUCUGCAGUCACUGACGGAAAGCAUGGAGAUGGCAGCCUCUGCAGCAGAUCUUGGAUCAGCGAGAGAGGGAAUACUCCAAAGAAUGGAGAGGCUCAAAGAAAGCCUUGCUAUACCUGCUCGUGCCGAUGAAGGCACAGACAUGGGAGCUGUUGACAUUUUCACGCUGCCCUUCCCCAAAUGCCACAAAUGCCACUGGGAAAAUGAUAACUUUGAUGUUCUGAAACACAUUCUUGGAGCUCAGAAUGACAUGGAUUUGUCAGACUGUUUCCUUAAAACCGGACUUGACGAUGAUGACAAUAAUGACACCAGCUUCGAUGAGGAAGAAGAACUGGAAGGAAACAAAGAUGAUGCUGAGUUUCAAAGUCAUCGCAUCUCCACCGCGUCCUCGUCCUCCAGGGACUCUGGCUACUCUCUGUCUUCCAGCUGGUCUGUGCCGUCUGGCUCAUCGGGUGUGGAAUCGGGCGAGGAGACAACACAGGAGGACAUAGAGGAAAGACCAGACAGCCAGCCCAAACCUAGAAAGAAACCCAAGAAGAAGUCUAGAUCCCUCCUAGGCUUCUCCUUGCUUUUCAAGCCCCCUCGCAGUCCUAGGGUUUGCCGCCGUGUCCAGAGCAUGGCCUACCACAAAGACUUUGAAAGAACUCAGACACACCUCAAACCCUCCAAAGUUCAUCCCCUUCAUGAGUCCCCUGCUCCCUUGGAUCCUCUUUCCCCCCAAAAGCAUUUGUGCGUCCGCAGGAGACCGAUCCUGAGUUGCAACGAGGAGGAUCUGGUAGAAGCACCUACCCUCGUCAAGGUGGUGGUGUUUGGAGGUGACAGAGAGGCUGGAAGGCUGGCCAGAGCCUACAGCGACCUGCAUCAGAAAGAGAGCAAAUGUCCCCAGCUCACCAAGGUGUGCAAGCUGCAGUUUUACUUUGUUCCCACCAAAAGACGAAGUGGAAGUCCAGGAGGAGGGCACACACCAACUGAGGAGUGGAUAGGAGGUUUAACCAAAACCACUACCUCUGUGGACUCAAAUGGCCUUGCAGUGGACGACUGUACAACCGAUAUAGCUCACAUGCUGGGUAUAAUGGAUCCCUGGUAUGAGCGAAAUGUCCUCAGUCUGCUCAGCUUGUCCUCUGACGUGCUCUCUCAGGCGGCCUCUAAGGAUGACAGCGUCUCGCACAGCAACGGCGGUACGGAGCAGCUUCCCCUGCUGGCUGAUUUGGUGCUUUAUUACUGCAGACAUGCAGACCAGCCUGUUCUGGUGCAGCUUUACCAGGUUGAGCUCACCCUGGUUGGAGGAGAGAGGAGAAGGGAAGUGUUUAUUCAGUCUCUGGAGCUCGGACAUACGGCUGGAACCAGAGCUGUGAAGGCCAUGGGUGCUGCCAGCAAAAGGUUUGGCAUUGAUGAGGAACGAGAGGCUGUCCCUCUAACACUAAGCCUUGCAUACAACAAGGUGGCAAUCAGUGGGAGGAGCCAGUGGAUCAAUAAAGAAAUCAUGUGCACAUCGAUUAAUCUUCACAAACAGUGGAGGACACCUCAGCAGCUCGAUUCAGCAGAGAGCCUGCAGCUCACACUGACCGAAGUCCUGAAGAGGCAGUGCUCCAAGUCCAAAAAGGGCUACAAACAGCACAUCUCAGUCUCAGAAGUGAAGGUGGACAAGAUGCAGGUGAACGGGAGAGAUCCCGGGACGACGUUUGCUGUGUGUUUGGAUCAGGAUGAGAAGAAGUUUAUUCAAAGUGUCACCAGGUGUGAGGUGUCUCUGUGCUGUAAGCCGGGAAGCGGUUUGGACUGGAGGACCUACCAACCGCUGCUGGGCCAAGUCCAGCCUCUGCACCCAUCCUACUGCUCUAUGCUCUGCCUCCCCAUCACCUCUUUCUCGUCCUCGUAUCCAUGACCGGUUCGUUGCCGCACUGAAGAAGAAGAAAGCUGUGGGAUUCUUUCUAAUGCUGGGAUGUUUGAGGGCAGGGACACUGUACAGCUGGUGAAACAUAAACAGACUGACAAAGAGUGACAUUUUUUCAUGUGUGCGCCACAAUUGAGAUUAAGGUGUGCCGCCCUGUUGAUAAGGAAGUGUACGCAUCUUUUUCUUCUGACACACUGGCGCGCUCGCUGCAUACUGAGGAAUGUGGGUGUACUUGUCGGCGUGUUGUGGGAUUUUACAGGUUCUUGUCUUACUGGCACUGUUUGUGUAGGGGGUGGGUUAAAAUCUGCUGUGGGUAAUUUGAAAACUGAUUACUUGAGUACUAAUGUGUACAUUUUCAAGUCAAUAAUGUUGUGUAAUAAACUAAGCUAUUUAUUCUCAUGUGUUGUUGGUUUUCUAAACCUUCAUGAGCAUUUGCAUUUCAUUUUGUUUUUGUAGCUCA